CAUACCUUGGCUCUCGCUAUGAUUUCUGAAAAGGGAGGAGGCUGGACCCUCUUCCAGCCUUCAGGCUUGUGGGUUGUCUCCGUCCUUGUGAUGGGCAUAAUAGCCUUGGUUUUCGAUUAUCUUCGCAUGCUGUCUUUGAGAAAACGGAUGCCACCUGGCCCGUUGCCAUUACCUCUUUUUGGAAAUACACUUAGCCUUCCUGAAGAAAAGCCCUGGUAUACGGUCGAGAAGCUCUCAAAAGAAUACAACUCCCCCUUGAUCACGUUUUGGAUUGGAAGACGACCCACAAUCUGGAUCAAUGAUGCCUGGACAGCAGAUGAGAUUCUGGUCAAACGCUCCAACAUUUACAAUUCCAGGCCACGCAUGCUCUUAUUUGGUGAUAUGAUGAACGGACAAUACAAUCUCAUUCACAAAUACACAUAUACCAACGAGCAAAGACAGAAAUUUCGCGAGCUGCGAAAGAUCACACAUCAUGGUGUUGGCAUACAACAAGUUUUGCAAUACCGAAGCUUUCAAGACGACGAGAACAAGGUGGUGGUUUACGACCUUCUGACAUCGCCGGAUAGGUUUACCACACAUUUUGAACGCUAUGCAUCGAGUGUUGUCUCCAUCAUCGGCUUCGGACGGCGUAUCGAGGAUGAUCAAGAUCCGCUGAUUACAGAAGUAAUAGCUCAAAUGCAGAGAGCGGGCCACCUGGCCGUCGUCGGCAAAGAAUUUCCGCUCAUCAUGGAGUCAUUCCCAUGGCUAGCCAAAUUUCCAAGUUCAAUCGCACCCUGGAUGCGCAGCUUCAAAAAGCCCAAGAAUAUCAAGUACGACCGUGAAACCUUCUUCUACACCCUCGCCGAAGAAGCAUUGCAAACUCCAGAGGAAAACUAUGCAAAAUUCAUCUUCCGCGAAGCUGAAAGGUACAAACUUCAUCGUAACGAGGUCACGAAUUUAGCCGCCAAUCUUUUCGGUGCUGGCUCAGAGACAUCUAGCUAUACUCUCAUCACUGCCGUGCUAGCCAUGCGCGCCUUUCCCGAGACCGUGAAGCCUGCCUGGGACGAGCUCGACCGUGUUGUAGGCAACUCGCGAAGUCCGACGCUCGAAGACGACCUACCCUACAUCCGGGCCUUUACCAAAGAAGUGUUCCGCUGGCGCUCCGUCGCAAUUGUCGGCGGAAAGCCGCACGCACCCAACCAAGACGAUGUCUACAAUGGCUACUACAUUCCCAAGGGCACAUGGGUCCAAGGAAACAUAUGGGCUAUCCAUCACCACGAGCGCGAAUUCCCGGACCCCGAUCGUUUCAACCCAAAGAGGUUCCUCGACACGGAAGACCGCCGACCGUUCCCUGGAGAAAAGGGAUACAUGACGUUUGGAUGGGGCCGAAGAAGCUGUGCAGGCCAAGCUCUCGCCGAGCAGGGAACCCAUUUGAGCGUUGCGCGGUUACUCUGGGCCUACAAGAUCCUGCCUGCCGUUGACGAGACGGGCAAAGAGAUACCUGUGGACAUCAACAACUACACGAGCGGAGGAAAUUGGCGUCCUAAACCCUUCAAAGUCCAAUUCAUCCCUCGCAACGACCAAAUAAAGCAGACUGUUAUUCGUGAAGGCCAGGAAGCGCUAAUGUCGCUUUCCAAAUAUAAUCGUCCGGUCAAGUAUCAGUUGUCGAGCCAACAAGAAAAAGAACAGUAACCGCCAUUCUCUGGGAAUCUUUGCAACAUAUAUGUAGAGAAGUUUACGUACAUGUAUAUUCAUGAAGAG